AUGACUCUUUCAGUAAGGGGCAUUGUCAAGCUCUUUAGAUUGGUAAAACGUGAGAAGGAGCUACAUCAGGAGGUGCAAGGAUUUUCUGUGUCGCAUGACCACUGUUCUGUGAGGAUAUAUGGUCACUAUCCCGUGAUUGAUGGGGAGGAGACCACCUACUAUCGUCAUACCAUUCACAAGUUCGAUUUCACCGCUCUGGACGGCAAGGAGAAGUGGACAUGCUACAGGUUUAUUGUUAGUGUCUACGGUGACUGGGCACCUUCACAUUUUAAGAAACUAUGCGCGGCAAUUGACGAGUUACCAGAAUUUAAGCCUGAGGAACUACAGCAGUCUGAACAGAGCCUCUCGGAAGCGACUACUGGGCUUUCUCAGGAAAUUGGAGCUGUUGGCCUGGGCUCGAGCUUUACAUCUCAAUUAGAAGAGGAGUUCAAGGCUCAGAACCAGGAGUUCAAGGAAUACAAAUCCCAAGAUAUACAGGGGAAGUGCAGUUAUUUUACGUGGGAUAAAUCCAAAGUAGAUAGGCGGUGGAGAGCAGCGAGAGAAAAAUGGCCUAUAUUCGAUGGCGGCUUAUCGCAGUUUUGCGCACGCUGGUUCCACGAUAUGCAUGGCCACCCGUCAAGUGGCCUGCCCAAAACCAUUUGA